AGUACGGAAGUGAGGUCCUUUGGAUGUGAUGUGAACAAGAUGAUUGCGGAUCUGUUGAUAUUCGGGACUUUACUGGUGAACGCGGGGGCUGUGCUGAAUUUCAAGCUCAAAAGGAAGGAGUCGCAGGGAUUUGGAGAUGAGUCUGGAGCACGUACAACAGGGGACAACAUCAGAGAGUUCCUGCUCAGCCUGCGAUACUUUCGGAUCUUCAUCGCGCUGUGGAACAUCUUCAUCAUGUUCUGCAUGAUCCUAUUAUUUGGAUCGUGAUCCUUUGUGGCCACUGGACUUCCUCCAAGAUGCUUCCCUUUCGAGAUGGAUGCGAUCAGCUUCCCCUUAAUGAUAUUUUUCUGUUUCUUUGAUCCCUUUAAUAGUAAUUAUGCUCCAUUUCAUUUACAACCCUUCAUGCUGUACAGGAAUUUAUGAAUCGCUGUAUUUAUUUUUUGCUUGUUACAUUUUUACCUUUAUUGAAUUUUCUUUAAUAUCUUUGCUGGAAACUUGUCUUGUGCUUCAUUGUAAAGAAGGGGCUCCUGCUCACUCCAGUAUGUUUGUGUGUUUUGUAAAGAAACAACAGAAACAUCCUUUUACCGGCACAGCGGCCAAUUCAUCCAGUUUCAACAGAAAAGCACCUAUAGGCUAGUCAUCUCUUUAUUAAGUCUGCAUCUCAUUGGUGAGUGAUAAAUGGGAAAAAUUAUUCUUGUUUUGCACAUGUUUGUUUUCAGCUUUUUAGGGGGAAAAGUGUGCUAUUUCCUUUUCUUAAUUCUAGGGUACAUGUGCUCUAAAAUGUAUAUUCACUGUAAAUGUAUGUCCUGGUUCAUAAUGAAAUAAAACAUUUUCUUAUCAAA